AGGUUAUGCUUAACUACAACUUAACUACAAUAUGGUAAAAACUAUCCCCCGCCGGACACCAACCCGGUAUUUCUGAGGUUAGUUAUUACUACGGUAGUUCUCGGAACUAAGUAAGUGCAAUGUGGAAACAUUGAUUUUUACAAACUAAGAUCCAAGUAUUGUUUAGAUUUAAAUUAACUUUUUAUAUAAUAUUUGUUAAUUUAAGUAGUAUUAUUGUUUAACCCUUUUAAUACUCAUAUUUCUUGAAUUUUUUCUUUUAUGAUAAAAUGAAUAAAAAUGGAUUUGAUUUUAUUUGAUAUAUUAACUGUUGAGUCAUUACUCCAAGCAACUUCACAUAGACAACUGUCAUUUGCAAAUUGGCUUCCAGAAAGUUCACGUUAUCUAUAUAAAAAAAUUGACUUAAACUUGAACCUAUGACGGGUCACUCAUGGAAAUAUUACAUAAACUGACAUAACACGUUUUUGAUUAUUUAAAUAAUGGUACAAAUUAUGCUAGUAUUAUAGUAUUGAUGCUGGUAGUAAACAAAUAACAAUUAUACUAAGAUCGCGCAUUUCCAAUUUAUAUCCGUUUCGUAAAGCUAAGGUCAUGGAUUGCUUACAGUCUCCUUACGCUCUUGUAGAUAUUCCCCUGUUUACUGUUUACAUAGCCUUUUCCUUGCUUUCCGUACAAGGAAUUUUAUUCACAGAAUUUGUGUUGUAUUCUGAAUUUAACAUUUCGUCUACUGUUAACGACACAAAAAUUAUAAACGAGAUACAGACACUAACCGCAGACUGGACAACUAUAUUUCUUGUUUGUCAGGCGCUACCGGCCAUCUUCGUUACAUUGUACGUCUCAACACGGAGUGAUCGUGUUGGAAGAAAAAUAACUAUGGUAGUAUCAACUUCUGGAUAUCUGGUGACGGCCGUCAAUUAUCUGUUCGUUUACCUAUACGCAUUGCCAAUAGAGUAUCUGCUGAUUGGAAACCUAGCGAUUGGUUUCACUGGAACUACAUUCCUAUUUAGGUCCGGAGCAUCUUCGUAUGUUAGUGAUUUGCUAUCAAAUGAUCGCCUAACAUUUAGAAUGUCUGUUCUUCUCGGUGUCACUAUCCUAAGUGUGGGAUGUGGACAGAUAGUUUUCUCUACUUGGAUCGAAGCUAAAGGUUUUUUGCAACCCUUCGUUUUCACAAUAUCAGCGUUGACUUUUACAAACUUUUACAUCAUCUUUUUAAUGCAAGAAUCUCUUGAUAAAACAAAUCGUCAACAAAAUGUUUUGUUCAAAGAUAUCCUAUCAGACAUGGUUAAUGUUGUCGUAAGUAACAAGCAUAACCGUCGCACGAUUGUACUUUUGCUGUUGCUUUCGCGAGUUUCGUAUUCGACGUUAAUAAAUGGAAUUUUUCAUGCUUUGCAACUCUACUGUAUUGGCCCACCGCUCUAUAUGUCAACUAGCAGCACCGGAUACUUCACGGCCUGUUAUUCUGUCUCAAAUGCGUUCGGAAUGCUGUUUAUCACCAAAGCACUACAAAGGUAUUGCAACAUCAGUGACUAUGCUCUCUUCUACCUGGGAUCGUUAUCAGCUAUGGCGUCAUCACUGGUCAUUGCUGCAGCAACCUCGGAUACUGUCAUAUACUUGUCCGUGCCACUGGCCGUCUUAGCCAUUCUACCGAAAGCAAUCGUCGAAGCUCAACUGUCAAAACUGGUAGAGAAGAAUGAGAAAGGAGCUAUAUUCGCUCAGGCUGGUGUUUUGGACAACCUCGGAUUCUUACUAGGACCUAUUUGGAUCGGCGUCACCUACUCAGCUACCGUGGAAACUAUUCCAGGUCUUAUUUUCUACAUAAUGUUCGCCGGAGCUCUAGUCAAUAUGCUUCUUGUAAUAUAUAUUCAAUAUAAAUUUGGAUCUAUUGAAGAGGCGUUGGCCAAGUCAUUCAAAUCUGACGAGGAGUAUAUAUGUGGUAGUGAAGAAACCCAUCUCUUACAGACGUCAUCAAUAAUGAAAUACUAACUACUGCAUAAAGAAAAACUGAUCAAAUUUCAACGCUGCGGAGAAACUUGUUAUCAUAUAUUUAUGAUAACUUUUCUAUAAAAAAAAUCAUCAUAUACGAUCACUUUUUCUCGAAUGGACAUAAUUUCAGUUUAAUAAUAUGUUAGUGGGAAUUUGGUGGUUCAAUUUUUUAAUUAGGUUUAUUUGCUUUUUACCAAAAAAAAUUGUAACCGUUUGCUAUUCAAUUAAUGUAAUAACUUCAAUCUGUAUUUAGUAAUAAUUUUAAUUUCAAGAAGAAUGUAGAUUUUGUAUAGUAUUUUCUUGUAUACGUAUUUUAGAUGUAAUAGACCUAUACCGUACAUAUAUUAUCAUAUUUUUGUGUUAUUUUUUUGAAUUUUAAUUUUUUAUUAUUCGUAAUUUAGUAUGUGCAAUUAUGAAGGGAACUCAGGUGUUCACACAUCAUGUAUAUUAUUGUAUGUGUAUGUUAAGCAUCGAAUAAAUUCAAUUAAUCAAUCAAUUUCUAAAACCAAAUAAAUCAAACUAAAAAAGAGAACCACAUCGACCUACACUCUUAAGUACAAUGGAAGUAGGCUCACUUAUUAUCUAUGAUUAUUGUAAGUGCCUUUAAACAUUCUACUCCCACGUAAAUAAAUGCUUACUUUAUGUGACGUCAUUAUUUCCUCGACUUCAUCGUUGUCGUGUAAUCAUGUUAUUGAAUCGUUUAAUGUGAACAUUUGUUGUUUACUAUGUCCGUAUGGCAGCUCAAUUUGCAUGAUUUGUCAGUUUUAAUAUUGUACAUAUUGGAUUAAUUGAAUACAGUACGUAUUCUGAAUAAAUAUCUUGGUUAAAUACAGUAAGGAUCAACAGUAGCAAUACGGUUACGUAAUUAUUGGUCAGAAACUGUAAUGUUGCUGGUCGGGUAUGUUUUCAUCGUAUUUAAGUUUUGUUUUUCUAUAUUCAAUUUUGAUUUGUCAACACAUUGAGUGGGGAUAUGGUAGGAAUGAAAGAUACAGGUCUCGCUCUAAUUAAAGACCUCAAUAAGACCACCUCCAAUUAAAGACCACUUUUCUGUGGUCCCCAAUUAACAAACCUUUUUGCUGCGAAGCAGCCAAUUCAUAUUCUUAACAGCAAUUUGACCUCUGAAAG